AUGGAGAGACAGAUCGAGAAAUUCGAACUAUCUAAUCAGCAAAGCAAUUCUACAGAAAGAGAAAGCUAUUAUGGUAUUUCGGCUAAAUUUAAUGCAACUGCUGAAGGCUGUUUAAUCGAGUACUUAAAAAUCCACAAGUCUUCAACUUUAAGUGAACUUGAAAAUCAUAUAGAGGCCAAUAUUAGCUCACUCAGAAACUACAAAGGCAAAAAAUAUGUUCAGACUCCAGAGCAGGUCACCAGGUCAACCCUAAUCAGAAACAGACGGAUUUUUACUGUUGAAAGUGAAAAAUGGUCGAUUAUUGUAACGUCUAUUUAGGCCAGAAAUUUAGAGGAAUUUGAGAAUGAGCAAAAUGCAUUAAUUUUUAACUAUUCGAAAAAGAAAUUAGAAAAACAAAAGCAAAGAGAAGAGGAAGAAGCUCAAUAUACUGUGCUCAAAAGCUUGUUGAAACUUGAAAAGGUAUUAGGGGAUGAAAACAAUGAAAACGAAAAUUUUAGGAAAGCAAUUGAUGAAGCGUAUACCAAAUUAGCUAAUAAUAGUUAA